UUUCAACGCAGACCUGGCAACCCUAUGUGCGGGUGUAAACAGGAAGUGCUGUUGCUGAGUACAGCACGGAAGCUUCAUUACCUUUUCGCCUUGUCAAUGAGGUGAAUGUGUACAGAGUGAUCAUGGGAAAGAGCUGUAAGGUGGUGGUGUGUGGCCAGGCAUCUGUCGGAAAGACGGCCAUCCUUGAACAGUUACUGUACGGAAAUCAUGUUGCCGGUUCUGAGGCCAUGGAGACGCUGGAGGAUAUUUACAUAGGCUCGGUGGAGACAGACCGAGGCACACGGGAGCAGGUGCGUUUCUACGACACGCGGGGUUUGCGUGAUGGUGUCGAGUUCCCACGCCAUUACUUUGGGUUUGCUGACGGCUUUGUGCUGGUCUACAGCAUCGACAGCAAAGAGUCCUUUAAGCGAAUGGAGGCUCUGAAGAAAGACAUCGACCGCUGCCGUGACAAGAAAGAGGUGACGAUCGUGGUUUUGGGGAAUAAGCUGGACAUGGCCGAGCAGAGGAGAGUGGAAAGUGAGGCGGCUCAGCAGUGGGCUCGACAGGAGAAAGUCCGGCUCUGGGAGGUUUCGGUGACCGACAGGCGCUCUCUUAUUGAGCCCUUUGUCCACCUUGCUAGCAAGAUGACCCAACCGCAGAGCAAGUCCACCUUCCCUCUGAGCCGCAACAAGAACAAGAGCAGCGGCUCUCAGGACAGCUAGACGAGCAGGAAGGGAACGAAAAAGUGCACAGAAGGAGCAGAUAUGCCAGAGAGGAACAUGAAGACGUGACUGCUGUUUUCACAAAUACCUUUGGUAUGAAAGACUGAAUCCUAGCUUUGAUUAAUAAGGGUUUAUUUUAUGCAUAUUAUUGUUCUUAUUUUAAUGAAGGACAGGAAUGUUAAGGCUUCAUUUAUCAUCCUCCAUAAAACACACACAUGUGAACCGAAGCAGAAAUGAUCGGUUGAUGUUACUGACUCCACAAUCAUGUUACAGCUCAGGCUGGGGUUUCUUGACAUUCAGUCAGCUUAAAUAUAUACUGUUUAUAUUUCCUCUGCUUGUGUCCUUAUACAUGGCAUUAAAUGUUUUAUGAAGGUA